ACGCAUGCAUCUUCUUAAUGUCCUUUACAUUAUAUAUAAAAUGUGUGUGUGUGUGUGUGUUCUGUCGUUAAUUCUCUUGUUGUUUCUGAACGUUUUCGGUGUGGAAUUGUUAUUCUCCUGAAUGUAUCCAUAGCACGCCGAGCAACUUUUUUCAAUGUCUGUGAAUACACCAACAUCGUCUUCAUCACAAGUGCUUCCUCCACGUGAGGCCUCUUUAUUCAAAAAGAUCCUAAAACAUUUUAAAGAUAAACAAUUCAAAAAUGGCUUGAAAAUAUGCAAUCAAAUAUUGUCGAAUCCGAAAUUUGCCGAACAUGGCGAAACCCUUUCGAUGAAAGGUUUGAUUUUAAAUUCGAUGGGCAAAAAACAAGAAGCGCUUGAAUAUGUACGAAAAGGAUUGAAAAAUGAUGUCAAAUCGCAUGUUUGUUGGCAUGUAUUUGGUUUGCUACAAAAAGCCGAUCAUAAAUAUGAAGAGGCCAUCAAAUGUUACCGUAAUGCCUUAAGAUGGAAAAAAGAUUCCGUCCAAAUUUUAUCGGACUUGAGUCUCGUUCAAAUUCAGACCAGAGAUUUAGAAGGAUAUAGAGAUUCACGUUAUCAAUUAUUUUCACUUCGACCAGGUGAAAGGUCAACAUGGAUUGGUUGUGCUAUGGCCUAUCAUUUGACUGGCGAUCAUAUGACUGCGGUGAAUAUUCUAACUGAAUAUCAAAAAUCUUCAUCCACUGGUAAUAAUGCUCGUAAUCGAAAUAGUCGCCGUCAAAACAAUGAAAUCUAUGAACAUUCGGAAUUGUUGCUUUAUCAUGUUUUUAUUCUGUUGGAAUGUAAUCGAUUUGAUGAGGCAUUAACAUUACUGGAUUCUCAUGAGAACGACAUUGUCGAUAAAGUAUCGUAUUUCGAAUACAAAUGUCAAAUUUAUUUGGCACUUGAACGAUUUGAAGAUGCUCAAUGUAUUCUUUUAAGACAAUUGAUUGAUCGUAAUCCUGAAAAUGCCACUUAUUUUGCAUUGCUUGAACAGGCAAAACAAAUAAACUCCGAUGACGAAACCCAAAGGUUACAACUUUAUGAAGAAAUGGCCAAGUUAUAUCCUCGUUCGCAAACUGUGACGCGUAUUCCUUUGAAUUUUGUCACCAUAGUUGAUGUAUUUCGAACAAAAAUUGAUGCUUAUCUGAAAAAAGGUUUCCGUAAAGGACAGCCGGCAUUAUUUCGUGAUCUAAAAAAUCUUUAUCAAAAAGAAUUGAAAAAUUGCCACUCAUCGUUUCCCGGCACGAAAUUGGAUACAUCUUUGAACACAAAUAUUACUCGUCAAGAAUUAACUGCACUGAUUAAAAGCCAUCGAACGAUUCGUUUGUCACCAAAGAUUGAAGUUAUCGAAAACCUAUUGCUUGAUUAUGCAGAAAAUUUGUUGACUCGUUGUACAUUUGAUGGACAAUCUGAAGAUGAAGAAUCGGCUACAUGUCUGCUAUGGGUUUAUUAUUUUCUUGCUCAGCAUUUUGAUGUGCUCAAAGAAUUCACCAUAGCGUUACAUUUUGCCAAUCUUGCAUUGGUUCAUACACCAACUUUGAUCGACAUAUUUGUUAUCAAGGCUAAAAUAUUCAAACAUGCUGGCCUAUUGGAGAAAGCGGUGAAAUGUUUGGAUGAAGCACAAAGUUUAGACACUUCAGACAGAUAUUUGAAUUCAAAAUGUGCUAAAUAUCUUAUUCGAGUAAACAAAAUCAAAGAAGCCGAAGAUAUGUGUUUAAAAUUUACUCGUGAAGGUGUUUCCGCUGCCGAAAAUCUAAAUGAAAUGCAAUGUAUGUGGUUUCAAAACGAAGUGGCCAAAGCAUACAAACGUAUGGGCAUGUGGGGAUCAGCAUUGCUCAAAUGUAUCCAAAUCGACAAUCAUUUUGCUGAAAUCAGUGAAGAUCAAUUUGAUUUCAAUACAUAUUGUAUAUUAAAAGUGACACUACGAGCCUAUGUCAAAAUGAUUAGGCUCGAGGAUCAAAUCAAAUCACAUCGAUUCUUUAUUAAUGCUGCACAAACAGCAAUCGAAAUUUAUUUGAGGUUAUAUGAUAAUCCAAUUGAUAGUAAAUCGGAAGCAGAUAGUGAUAUUAAUUCUAAUCUUUCGGCAUCCGAAUUGCGGAAAAUGCGUAAUAAACAACGAAAAGCAAUGCUCAAAGCUACUGCAGAAAAAGAACAAAAUGAUAAGUUGCAGAAAAAAGCUAAUGCCAAAAAAGAUAGCGAAUUCAAAACCGAGGAAACCGAAUUUAUUGAUCCGAUAAAAUUGGAAAAAACUGAAGAUCCCCUUCAAGAUGCUGCACGUUUUUUAAAUCCGGUUAAAAUAUUUGGUGGAGAAUCGGAAGAAAUUCAUACGCUCACUUUUGAAGUCUAUUUUCGUAAAGGGAAAUUACUUCUGCAAUUACUAUGUUUGAAAAGAGCUUAUCGUAUUUGUUCGCCUAGCUCGAGAUUCUAUCCUUUAUUAUUAGGUCAAACAUCAUUGUUUUUGAAUUAUUUGAUUUCGUUGAAAGAACAAUUGAAUGAAUCAAUACGUGCUGUACUUUUGCAAGAGCUGCCAACUAUCGAAGUUUUUAAAUUGAAAAAACAUCUCAAAGGUGAUUCAAUUGAUAUAUUUACUGAACUGCCUACUGUUGAACAUUUUAUUGGUCAGUAUCUGCCUCCAGAUUCAGAAUCAUUUUUGAUUCGUGUGGAACAUAUAAAAGUCAAAAAUUUAUUGUCAAAGUUUGAUCAUUCAAUGCCAAACGUAGCGAAUAGUUUGCCAAAUGGAAAGCCAGAAUCAGUUAUGGCAUCUGCAGAGAUCGAAAUGGCUUUAUCCCGUUUAAUCGCUGAUUUAGUGAAAUUAUCCGGUUUAUCGUUGGAAAGUUGUACUGAGUUUUUUCAUUCGAUUAAAAAUAAUGAAUUUGGCCAGAUACCGAAUGAUGAGGUGGAAAAUUUACGUGAAAAAUUACAUUCUUUAUAUCCUUUUGCAUCUUGUUUUAUGAAUGAAAAACAAUUGGAAAAUCUAGAGAAUGAAUUAUCAGCAAGUGAUUAUUUUACGGCUGAACCAGAAGAAUAUAAUUGUAAUGUCAAUGAUGAGAAUUAAGAUGUAUGAAAUUAUAUUUCAAAUAUUUAUAUAUAUGAAAAUGAUGAUGAGUAUAUAUAAGUAUGAAUAAAAAUACACACACAAAACAAAUG